AUGGACGUAUCCACGCUCAGCAUAGAAACCGACCCGAAAUCGCAACGGAAGGUGAUAAAUCAUGAGUAUCGGAUCGUUAGGAAAAUAGGCCAGGGACAGUUUGGCAAGGUUAUGCUUGCCGAGAUUGUGUCGCCACUGGGCAGUACCACCAGUGUCAAUAGUGGCCGUAGUCGCUCCAGUGGAGGCACCACACCACAGGGCAAAAGCCUCCAGUAUGUAGCGAUCAAGACCAUCAAUCGGAUUGAACGAACCAAAUUGAUCACCAAAACUUACUUAAACCAUACGACCAAGAUCAAACGAGAGAUCCAAAUCAUGAAGGAAUGUAACCAUCCAAAUGUCGUGCAAUUGUACAAGGUGAUUGACGAUUUGAAGUAUGAUAAGAUUCUACUUGUGUUGGAAUACUGUGCAUACGGGGAGAUAGAUUGGAAGAAUUAUAAUCAUUACAAUGAGAAAUAUUACAAGGAAGAUGGGAUAACCAUCAAUAAGAUUCUUCGGGAUGUGAUCAAUGGGUUGGAUUAUCUCCAUCGGAUCAAGAACAUAGUGCAUCGAGACUUGAAGCCGUCCAACUUGCUUAUUAGUGGGGUUGACAAGACCAUCAAGAUUUCUGAUUUUGGAGUUAGUUUGAUUUUGGAGAAUAAUGCUAAUGAUGACAAGGAAUUGGGGAGAUCUAUGGGUACACCAGCCUUUUUCGCACCAGAGUUAUGUCAGUUUGUAAACAAUCGAUACUCUAUGAUUAAUGACGUUGCAUCGACAAGGAAAAUCGAUGCCAAAAUUGAUCUUUGGUCUCUUGGAGUAAUUUUAUAUUGUUUGAUUUUCCAUAGUCUACCAUUCAAUGGGUUUAAUGAAUUUGGAUUAUUCAAGAAUAUUGUUAGUGAAAAGUUAACUUUCCCCAAGAUUAGACAUUCUACAUUGGCCACCAAGGAAGAUAUGCAUGAGAUGAGUUUAUUAAAGGAUCUUAUACAAAGACUUCUUACCAAGGACCCACGGGAAAGAGCGUGUCUUGACGAGGUGAAACGACAUGAAUUCACCUUGUACGAUCUUAACAUGGAGGAAAGGAAAGAGUUUUUACGGUUCAAUGAUAAAUAUGAACAAAAUAAAACCAUUGGGAAAAUCAUUAAAUUUUUCGGUGGAAGUAGUAGCAGUACUACUACUAAAGAGGAGAAACAAGAUGAUGUACACAAUAAAGAGAAAUACACUGAACUUGAACCAGUUGAUGAUCUAUUGGAUUCAUAUUUCAAUGAUUCUUCAUCCUUUGGGUCUAUAGAAGAUGAAGAUGAGGUGGAAGUGGUGGAUACCUCUAACAUUUUAGAAGAGAUAUCCCCCGUUAAGAAGUCCAAUUCAUCGAUGGAAAAGGCUAAAUUUAUCCCUUCACCCAUGAAUUUGAAGUCAGAAGAGCCUAACUUGGGUAAUCCAGUGAUGGCUAUAGAUACACUUGGAAAGAAUGAUGGUGAAAUAAAACAACUGAUUGUAACCAUUGGAGCAGGUUCUCCCAACACUUUCAAGAGUAUGUUUAGUCCAUCACGACGGUUUUUCUCAAGAUUGGGUAAGAAACAACCUCAACUGGCACUGCCAGUAUCGCAGCAAUCAUCAUCAAACGACGAGAUUUUAAAGCCUACGAUCAAUUCAUUGUCAUCACCGUUUGAGAAUGAUUAUAAGGAUUUCAAACCUCCAACCAUGUUCAGUGGACAUACGAUGAAUAUCAACAACAAUAACAACAAUAACAACAAUAACAAUAAUACUAAUAGCUCUACACCCAACUCUGCAUCUAGUUCGAGAAAGAACUCUAUUUCUUCGGUACGAUCCUAUGGAUUGAGUAGGAUCACCAGUUCAAGCUCUUCACUUAAUUUGAAUGGAUACUUGACUGAUGAUUCCUAUUCUUUGACAUCGGUGCGGAACAGUAAUUCUAAUUCUUUGAAGUAUAGAGGAGAGACAAUGAGAGGAGAAGACGAGAAUGACGAUGAAGAUGAUGACGAAAUCGACGAGGCUGCAAAUACGACGCUUACAAUGGAUGAUAUACCAAGAAGAAGACCAAAUAUGAGUGAAUAUUUGGAUAGAUUUGAUAAUUAA